UCAAGCAGCGGGAGGACAUCGGAUGGACAUCAACAUCUGCAAAUUGCAAACCACAGUUCAUGAUUCAUAUUAUUGUCUUUUUGUUUUCGAAUCCAAAGCAGUAAAAUUUUGGAGAUUUGUUUUGCUAUUCAUGGUAGCAUCAGUAGCAUGUGGGUUAAGUUAUUUUGUGGCUUAGUGGCCGUAGUCGCCAUCAUUUUGGGAGUGGCCGUCGAAUGGCUGAGUGUGGGAUGUCACCGUGGGAUUCAGUCACCACACCAAUUCCUUGCGACGAAAACGCCAUAUCUGCACCCAGCCCAGUUACGCCAUCACGCAAGUCAUGAUAGCUGCACACCGAUACAAAUAUGGAUGGUUGUGCGUCAUGGGACUAGAAAUCCAAGUGCAAAAGUCAUUCGCAAAAUUAUAAAUCUUCUUCCUAACGUCCGGGACCAAAUCGUCAAGGCUCACGAAAAUGGAGUGGGUACCUUGUGUCCUUCUGACUUGGACGCUUUAAAGAAAUGGUCUCCACCUCCCUCGCUGACAGAGUCUAAUGAAAAAAUUUUGGUUGAACAAGGUCGCGAAGAGCUGCGAGGAAUUGGGCGUAGAUUCAAGGACAGAUUUCAAAAUUUACUGGGGAAAAAGUAUGACAAUAGCACUUACAAGUUCAAAUUCACAAAGACUGAAAGAGCGGCUGCAAGUUGUAAAUAUUUUGUAGAACAAGUCGUUGGCGAAGAAGAUGCUCCAUCCGUCUGGUAUCCAGAGGCUUUAGCAGCGGAUCCAAUUUUAAGGUUCUAUAAAGGUUGUCCAAAAUGGAAGAAAACCGUCGACAAGAAUCCUGAAGCGUACAAUGAACGAAAAAAGUUUGAGACGUCUCAAAUAUUCGAAUCUGUUCGGAGGAAUGUUCAAACCAGGACAGGCUCGGCUGACCCCGUUCCAUUGGAGGCGAUCGAAGGAAUGUAUAUGACUUGUGCUUUUGAAACGGCCUGGACCCCAGCUACCUCGUCCCCUUGGUGCGCCCUCUUUGAUGUAGACGACUUGGAAAAAAUGCAGUAUCGUCAGGAUUUAGAAUACUAUUGGAUAGAUGGAUAUGGAUUCGAGUUGACAUACAAACAAGCAUGCCCUGCAGUCAAGGACAUGGUGGAGCAUUUCAAGUCUAAAACUGAGUCUCCUAAUGAAGGGCCUUCUCUUAUCGCGUAUUUCACUCAUAGUGGAACCUUACUCAAAUUAAUUAGUCGCCUGGGAUUGUUCAACGACUCCACGCCCCUGCUCCACGACAACUAUCACUUGCAUACAACAAGACAAUGGAGGACGAAUGAAAUUGACAAGUUUGCAACCAACAUUGCUGCAGUUCUCUACAAAUGUCCAACAGAUAACUUCAAAGUGGGGCUGCUUUUUCAAGAGCUACCAGUUUCUAUACCCGAAUGUGGCGAUGAUCUCUGUCCGUUGGAUAAAUUCUUGUCCAUUUACCACUCCGUUCUAAAUGACUGUGAUAUACCCCAAAUGUGUCAACUUUAAUAAUAGUUGAUGAACAAUUUGCGACUAAAUAGCCAAAUUAGUACUAGUAAACUGUUUAUUUUAUUAAAAUUA